AUGCUUCUGAGUCAAAACGUGGUCUCAUCUGAAUCCGCUGAGAUCAGUGUUAUCGACGUCAAGUCUCAUCUCUCCGCCGGGAAAGACCCCAAUCACUUUCAGAUUGCCGAUAUUCGAAUUCACGACUCCGUCUCUAUUGAGAUUACGUCUUCCGAAGAAACGCCUCUAUUAGGAUCGGCCAAGAGUUGUUCUAAAACUGCAGCUACCACCAUUGAAGAGCCUGCUACUGAGUUUAUCCCAAGAAUUACUUCUGGGAGCUAUGCGGAUAAGGGUGACUACCGUGAGUACAUGGAAGACGAACACAUACGCAUAGACGACCUCUCAGCUCAUCUUGAAUCUUCCUUCUUCAGGUUUCCAUUACCGAUCUCUUUCUACGGUGUGUUUGAUGGCCAUGGUGGAUCAGAGGCGUCACAGUACAUCAAAGAGAACGCGACGAGAUUGUUCUUUGAAGACGCUGUCUUUCGAGAAUCAAGAACUUCAGUUGUUGUUAACUCUCUCUUCUUGAAAGAGCUGGAGAAGUCUCACCGGGAAGCUUAUAAGCUAGCUGAUCUGGCCAUGGAAGACGAAAGCAUAGUAAGCGCUUCGUGCGGGACAACCGCCUUGACUGCUCUUGUAAUCGGACGGCACUUAAUGGUAGCUAACGCAGGUGAUUGCCGUGCAGUGCUCUGCAGGAGAGGCAAAGCUGUCGACAUGUCGUUCGAUCACAAGUCUACGUUUGAGUCGGAACGGAGACGAGUAGAGGAUUUGGGAGGCUACUUUGAAGGAGAGUAUCUCUACGGUGACCUCGCUGUGACAAGAGCGCUUGGAGACUGGUCAGUGAAGAGGUUUUCACCGGUUGGAGUGUCUUUGUCGUCGCCUCUGAUCUCGGACCCGGACAUUCAACAGAUGAUUCUGACGGAGGAAGAUGAGUUCUUGAUUAUGGGAUGCGACGGUGUUUGGGACGUGAUGACGAGCCAGUAUGCUGUUGCGUUUGCUAGGCAAGCACUGAGGAGGCAUGGUGACCCGAGAAGGUGCGCUAUGGAACUUGGAAGGGAAGCGCUGAGGCUUGAGUCGUCGGAUAAUGUUACGGUGGUGGUGAUCUGCUUCACGUCGUCGCUAGCUCCUCAGAGGAGAAGAGUACGGCGGUUUUGUGUUUCUGAUGAAGCGAGAGCUCGGUUACAGGAGAUGCUAGAAGGCUAG